AAUUUUAUAUUAACAUAAUUUAAAAGUUAAAAAAAACUCGAAAAGUGUAAAUCAUAGCCAGUGUUUUAAUUAUGUCAAAGAUUAUGGGGGGUUCCCUAGCUAAGCACCUCCCCCCGGCCAAGCCCUGUCAUUAUAGGGUUGCUGUAAUUUCACAAAGUAAGAUGUGAUCCUGGAUAAACAUUUUUUUUUGUUGGUCCUGGAUCAAUGUUUUAAUCAAAGAAACCCCGAACUAUUUUUACCCCUCAAAUUAGUGUGAAAUAAUAGUUUGAGAAGAAUAUUUUAAAAGCCCCUAACCCAAUCCUAAAUCUAAAUAAAUCUCUCAAUUCUUCCAGAAAACAGUGUGAAACAUACUUGAGAGUUUACAUUUAUACAGAAAUCUUUUGAAUUAGUUUAUUGCUAAAUUAGGACAAAUAAUGGACAUUUUCACUUUGUGGCAGCGCAGCAUUAUCAUUUUAAAUUCAUGCAGUAUUUUAAUUUUAAUAAAACAUAUUUUGUGCUUUAUAGGGGGUCCCUCAAUGCUUAUGGGAGGUCUGGGACCACCCCCUCCUUCAAUUCGAGCACUGUUUACAACAUUAUUGCUUUUGCAGCGCUGAAAUUAAAUUCAAUCACAUCACUGUUCUUCAUGUCAUGUUCAUUGUGGUAAACUUUAUGCAUUUAAAAUUACAUUCAUUUUAUAACAUAAUGCAGCUAUGCAUUAAUGCCACAAUUGAGCCACAUUAAAUCAGUCAUUAAAAAGAACAUAAAUAAACAUUAACCCCAUUUCAGAUGUAACUUACUUAUUGAAUUAAUUGAUAGGCUAUUUGUAUUUGACAUAAAAGUUGGUCAACACUUUUAUUUUCAUUCUUUUCGCUCAAAAGAUUGUUAGAAAUGUAAGUGGCUAAGCCCUAUUCGGACAGAUUAGUUUUACAGGGGGACCUCUGAGAAAAUCGUGCUUCUCAGAGGUCCUCUGUGUUUUUAAUCCCGUCCGAAUCGGCCAUGUCUGUGUUUUUCUCUGACGACCUCCGUAAGAAUUCCAGAGCAAUUUACCUACUGUUUUUCGCCGAACUCAGAGGUCCUCUGAGAAAUUUAAUCCCGUCCGGAUGCAAAUGUCUGUGUUUGCCCGCAAUAUCUUUUGAAAACGCGGUUCAUUUCGUGUUUUGGCCAACGUGAUCUGCCCUAAGGUCUUACUAAUGCGUCCCAUUUAUUCAGAUAUGGAUGUUUUUUCGCAUUCGGCAAAAUAAAAUAAUUAAAUCAAGACGAGCUGAAUAUCAAAUACUUUUAAGACUGACCACUGUAAUAUCAGUAACGUUAUAAGAAACUCCGUUCAAAGUUGUUCAACUCCGGAAUGUUAAUGUUAAUUAAUAAAGAUAAUAAAUUGUUAUUAAUCAUUAUUUCUUCAUUUCUUUGGGUUUAUUAUUAGCAGACAGUUAUAUAAAACACGUAUAGGCUAACGUUACUUUAGUAGGAUUUGUAUAUUUUAUUUUGAUUUGUUAAAAUUAAAUUAUUAAAUUACCUGUUCUGUCAUAAUUUUACAUUUAAAGCAAAAUAUUAAACAUUACAAAUGUAUCCAGAGCACGUGCUCUUUUGAAACGCCCAAAUGCAUGAAACAGACACUCCCAUCUCUGGAAUAGCCUGCAUCAUUUUUAAUCCCGUCCGAAUCGGUACAUAAAAUCACAGACGUCCUCGGGGACACGUUGAAACUCAAACGUUGUUUGGAAAACUAAUCCCGUCUGAAUAGUGCUAUGUGUGCAUUUGAGUCAAGAAAAAAACCAUGUCGAAGACAAAAAUGUUCUGUCUUUGUGUUCUGUUCAUUUUUAUGAAUGAAAUGGGUGCACUCUUUCCUUGUUGAACAUUUCAUAUUAUGGCCCGGGGGUUAGGGUUGGGCCAUGCAUGUUAGAUCAUGUAUUACUGUACAGUGUUAUUGACGCCGCAAUGUUCCUGUAAGAAUGAAGUCCUUAUGAAUUGUGAACAAGAAGUCCAUCACAUUUUUUUUUGUGAUCUGUGUAUCGAGUGUUUUUCUGCAGCUGAAGACAGAAGUUGAGAGACUGUAAUUGUUCAAUGGUGGGGUGACCGGAUGUCGUCCCCCUGGAGCUGUCUUUCAUUACAUGGACAGAUGAAUAGCUUUUUUCACCCCUGAGAAUAAUAGGGGUUGGAAUGCAAAGCAGUAUAAAGUCUGUGUUAGAAAGUCUUAGUGUUUCACAACAGCAAGACACAAGCUACCCAACAAAGCUAAACGUGUAGGAAAGCUUUUAACUUGUCUCCUUCAAGAAUAUAGCUUAAAAAAUCCACUCCCACGAAAAAAGAAACAAGCACGCAAGCUCUCGAUCCGCCACUAUGAGUUCUGCAGAUUUCUCAAAGGGUCCAUCAAAGGACAUCAGUGAUAAAAUUGUGCUAAUUGUCGGUGGGGUCAUACAUGAGACGUACAAAAGCACCCUAAUGACCGUUCCAGGGUCACGGCUCGCCAAGUUGGUUGACACCGAGACGCCUCCUAAAGAAGUCUGUUUUGAUCGUCACCCCGAAAUAUUCACCCAUAUCCUUCAUUACUACAGAAGUGGAAAGCUGCACUGUCCCACCAACCUGUGUGGGGUUCUGCUGGAGGAAGAGUUUGAUUUCUGGGGUAUCAGCGUUGCAGAUGUUGAGCCCUGCUGUUGGGUUGCGUUUCGAAAACAUAGAGAUGCAAUGGAAAGCUUGGCUAAGAUCGACCCUUCGGUGAUGGACCAAAGGAACAAACCCAACAACUCGAUGUUAUGGGCGCUGUUUGAUGACCCACUUUCAUCUGUCGCUGCUAAGGUCAUCGCUGUUACAUCUCUACUCUUCAUCCUGCUCUCCAUUAUUGCGUUCACUCUUAACACCAAUGAACACAUUAAUCCUGAGAUCCCGCACAAUCAAACUUUGGCACACAACACGAGCUGGACAGAAGAAAUGAUUUAUUAUAGAAAAAAUUCUGGAGUUUUUGGUGCUAUCGAGUUAGUGUGUUCGAUAUGGUUCAUCUUGGAGUUCCUGAUACGUUUCGUCUGUUGCCCAAGCAAAUGUUGCUUCUUCAUGAACCUUCUGAACAUCGUGGACCUGCUGGCCCUCUUCCCGAUAUUCUUUCAAUUGUGUUCGGGGGAACUCUGCAUCAAAGUGUUGGGUUUCUUCCAUGUAAUGCGAUGCAUACGUUUAUUGCGUGUCUUCAAACUGAUGCAGCACGUGUAUGGCGUGAGAGUCCUCAUCCACACGCUGCAUGCCAGCGCGCCGGCCCUCUGCGCUGUUCCAUUGGCUCUGUUUUGCUGCACCGUCAUCUUCGGUACCAUGGUUUAUUACGCAGAACUAGAUGAGUCUGAAAAUUACUUUCAUGACAUCCCAUCCAGCUUUUGGUGGGCUGUGGUGACACUGACCACAGUGGGUUACGGAGACAUGCUACCCAUUAGUGUUCCAGGUCGGUUUGUUGCGGCUCUAUGUGCAACGGUUGGGGUUUUCAUCAUUGUCCUACCAGUGCCAAUCAUCGUCAAUAACUUCAUCAUGUUCUAUUCAUUGGUCAAGGCAAAGACUGCAAUACCCAAAAUGAAGAAGUCUAAUGCUGACCCAUAUUUCAGGAUCUCCGCUUAGAGCAGAGUUGGGUAUCUAAACAUAUCAGGGAAAUGUACAGUUUGAUAUAAAUUGUGUUUUGGUCCCCCCUUGACUGAUUCUUGCUCCCCCCAUUUGCCAACCCAUUAAAAAAAUCCUUUAUUAAUCUUUGUUAAUGCCAAUACCGUUUUUCUUGUUAGUUCAUCGUGCAUUAAAUAAUGAUCUUUUGAUUUUAAAUAUAUAUUAGUAAAUGCUGAAAUAAACUAAGAUUAAUUAAUACUGUUGAAGUAUUGUUCGUUGUUAGUUUAUGUUAGCUAGAGGCGUCAUGCAGUUUUUUGAGCCAAGUAUGCAUGCAACCUCCAAAUCAAAGAAGCUCCCAUCAAUCAUUUCUUUUGUCUUUUGGUCAUUUAAUAUGCACAAUGCUAUCAGUUCUGUGCUCCAUCCUUGUAAUUUUUUAGAGAUUUAUAGUUUUUUUUUAAUCAUAUUACAUGUCGCUUCAUUCAGGUGGCAAGCACUGCAGACGUCACCAGCAUUUGAAUGCGAGCACGGGCUCAUUGCUGCUGCAUUUUAUUAUCUGAAUAAUUAAAAUCUAAUCAGAAACACUCAUAACACUUCCAAACGCGAGUACGGUAAUGUGCUGUUAAAGGUGGGGUGCAUGAUUUUUGAAAAACACUAGGGAGUCGGGCGGAGUACCAAAACACACUUGUAGCCAAUCAGCAGUAAGGGGCGUGUCUACUAACCGACAUCGUUGCCUGGGUUGCGUAUGUGUGGGGCGGGUCUAUCAAAUAAAAAGGUCCAGAUUCUAUUGGGGUAGGGGGGUUGUUUUUUAGGUGAUUUCGAAAGUCAACAUUGGCUUUCAAAGAUCAUGCACUUCGCAUUAAACCCUCGAUGUGUUAAAAAGGUAUGUUUAAAAAUGUGAUGUCUUGAUAUAUUAGUAGAUUUUUAGAUCAGUGGCGGCUCGUGACUGCUCAUCCGAGGGGCGCAAAUUCAAAGUAUGUGUUCGGAGUGUCAUGUGUGUUGCUUGUGUUUUCAAAAUAUGUGUUUGUUGUGUUAUGUUAACCAUGCACAUCAUGUGUUUUUUGUCAAAAUAAGUGCCUGCUGCACACGUGUCAAAACCGUUUAUGAUAAAAGAGACGCUCACGUUCACAAAAAUCAUGCAAGAAACUCCCUUGACACUAAACUCUGAUUACGCAUGAGAUUAUGCAAGUAUCUGGCAAACGCAAACGUCUUUUUUAUCAUAAACUCUUUAGGUGCGUACUUCAACAGGCACUUAUUUUGACAAGACACGUGAUACACAUAGGAUCACUCGACGCGCAGAACACAUAUUUUAAAAUUACGAACCACACACAUUAUGGGCUACAUACAUGUUGUGAUGAACUUUGCAUGGAGUGCCCUCGAAAAAAGAAGUCACCGGCCGCCACUGUUUUAGAUUCAUUUCUGGAUACAACGGCAGACUUCACAUACAGUAUGGUAAAAUUUUAUGCAAAAUGCGUUCCUUUAAUAAUUUUAUAUAAACACAUUUUAAGUUUUUAUUUGUAGUAAAUUAAAAUUGAAAAAAAGUGUAGAUUACAGCCAGUGUUCAAAUUAUGUUCAGAUCCCCACGGCCAAGCCUUUUCAUUAUAGGGUCGCUGUGAUUUCACAAAGGAAGGUGUGAUCCAUUUUUUUUCAUGUUUUAAUCAAAUGAAAAAAAUAUGUUGGUAAAACUACACGCCAAUUGAAAAAAAAGAAUUAGUGAACACAAGAGCUCUAUUCGAAGAAAAUACAUUAACUAACUUUAAGUUUUUGUGGGAUAUAGAAAAAGUUACAUGCCACUGAGAGGCGGAGACAUUGACUGAGAGGCGGAGACAUUGACAUUGACAUAGACAUUUUAAUGCAUGCAGUAUUUUAAUUUUAAUAAAAACCAGGGGACCCUAAUUUAUAUUUUGUUCUUUAUAGGGUGUCCCUCAAUGCUUAUAGGAGGUCUGGGAUCACCCCAGCACCCCUUCAAUUCGAACAUUGUUUACAACAUUAUUGCUUUUGCAGCGCUGAACAUUAAUAUCAACCACGUGACUGUUGUUCAUGUCAUUUUCAGUGUUUAGAGGUAUAUUUUAUGCAUUUAAAAUUACACCAUUUUAUAACAUUAUGCAGUUGUUGUGCAAAUGCAUUGAUGGCACAAUUGAGCCACAUUAAAUCAGUCAUUAAACAAAAUGUAAAUAAACAUUAACCCCAUUUCAGAUGUAACUUACUCUGAUUGAAUUAAUUGAUAUAGGCUAUUUGUAUUUGACAAAAAAGUUAGUCAACACUUUUGUUUUGGUUCUUUGCCCUCAAAAGAUUGUUUGAAAUGUAAGUGGCUACUGUAUGUAUGUGUGCAUUUGAGUCAAGAAAAAAAACAUGUCAAAGACUGUUCUGUUCAUUUUUACAAAUUAAAUGUGUGCACUCUU